AUGGCUCGGCAGAAGUCUCGAUUGUCCAAGAAAGGAUGUGGCUGCAAGAAGUCAGGGUGCUUGAAGAACUAUUGCGAGUGCUAUGAAUUAAACAUAGCAUGUACAACGUAUUGUCGGUGCCUUGGAUGCAAGAACUCUCGUUCUCUUCAUCAACCAAAGAAUGUGCAGAAGCAUCCAGCAACUUCUUCCCAAGGAUACAAAAAGGGAGUUAAUCCACUGAAAAAGGAGACGAUUGAAGCAAUUGUGGGAUGUCUCGUAGCCAAGGCGGAGCAUGCUGAGAUUUACGAAUUAUCUCCAGCUGAUUUCCAAUUUGAGCUAAUUAUGCAAUUUAAUCGAUCAUUAGGUAUCAUUUUGCAGUCUCUCUAAAAAAUAUUAGCAGAAUUUUGCUGUUUUAGCUGCUAGUUAAAUUUUAAAUUUACCGCCAAAUUAUAUAAUAGAUAACAUUUGAAAUGCUUCUCCUACUGGAUGUCAUAAUAAAAUUAUUUUGUGUUUACUGCUUCGUAGUUUUUCUUUUGUGUUACAUAAAUAAAAUGCUGAGGAUUUCCCGGAAAUACACGAAAAAUAUAAAUCUGAUGAGGGGAAUCCACACUUACUAUGAUGUCCUUAAAAUAAAACCUAACGCCACACAAAAGGAAAUUCGUGAUUCUUUCAUAAAAUUGUCCAAAGAACACCAUCCUGAUGCAAGUUUAGCUGUAACCGCUGAAAGCACGCGAAAGUUUCAGAAAAUUCUUCAGGCUUACCAAAUUCUCGGGAAGGCGGAAUCUAGACUGAAUUACGAUGCGGAAUUGAGAUUAUCUAAAUCUAAACCACAUUCCACUGGACCUGCGUACACCUACUACCGAGAUUUUCAUCCACCUAAUUCUCCUGAAUCUCCUGGUGCAAACACAGACGAAUACUAUGGGCUAAAGGGUGUGAAGAGAGUAUCAAAUUAUGUUAUUGUAGUGCUGUGUUUGAUAUUUGCUGGAAUUGGUGUAGCUCUUCAGAUUGUGGCAAUUCGGUCUUCACUUACUUUCAAGAGGGAUAAAUUAGAUCUCCAAUCCACGGAAGCUGGCCAGCAACACGCACAGGUGAAAGAUGAUGCCUCAAGGUACGGAAAUGAGUUCCAACUUGAGCGUUUGAAAGAAAAACUCAGAAAAGAAAACUAAAUCUGUUAUGCUCCUUUUGAGAUUAGACUGAUAAGAUAAUUUAAUAAAAAAAUCCUUUUUUCUGGA